AUGUUAACAAGGUCCAACAAGGACAUUUUCGUGCGUGGAUUUGCCAAGGCUUUGGAAGAAAAAUGGCAAGUCGAUGUACAACUAAAAGGAAGGGACAGUGAUGAGGGUGUAUCCAUCUUUGCACACAAACUUGUCCUGGCAUCAAGGUCAGAGGUGUUAAAGAAAAUACUGGAACUAGACGAGUUCAAAGCUCCAUCUCAACGCGAGACAGUCACUUUCUCAGAGCUGAAACAUGAAGAGUUAGAGGCUUUGGUCAAAUUCAUCUACAGUGACGGCUCUAAGCUUUCUGCGAAAGCAAAAGAACACGUUAGGUCACUCUAUGUUACAGCCGACAAAUAUGAGAUUCCACAUCUACGCGAUCUAUGCAGAAACGAGCUAGUAAAAUCUCUUAAUCUCUCGAAUGCUCUUGAAGUCUUGGAGCUCUCUUUGAUUCCUCUUGACAAUGCCCUCCACGAUGCUGCAUUUAGUUAUAUCAUAAAGAAUCUAAAGACGAUUGUUAACUCUCUUGAGUUCAAGUUGUUCGCUAACAGGAAUACAGAUCUUACUGUUGAAAUAAUAAGGGCUUUUAUGGCGCGUAGAAAUAUAUAUUAUUGA